UCCGAGCCGGGAAAGCUGAGAGCGGACCCGCAGCGCUGCGCUGGGCCGGCGCGUCCGCUCGGCGCCGCGCUGAAAGGCUCUUCCUCCCCCACGCGGCCAGUCCGCCUCCUUGCUAGCUGCGGCGCGGGAUCCCGACGGGGGCGUGGACCGGGGACUUGCGGUCCCGGGGGCGGCCCGGGACGCCGAGCUGCUCAGGAUGAGGAGGACAGCGGCGCUCGGGCGGCGCGGCCGCGUCCCCCGGGAGUGAGCGCUACCCGCCGCCUCCUCGGGGACUUCCCGGACGCCAGGGCUUGCCGCCAUGCGUGCGCCCUGAGGAGAAGGCGUUUGGAGUCGUGGACCGAGUCAUGCGGGCUGGCUUUUGAGAGGCUCGGGACGAGUGAAGAAGCCCCAAAAUGGAGGACUUUCCUACUAGGACCUACGGCACCAGUGGCCUGGACAACAGACCUCUGUUCGGGGAGACGUCGGCCAAGGACCGAAUCAUCAAUUUAGUUGUUGGCAGCUUAACAUCCUUAUUGAUUCUAGUAACGCUGAUCAGUGCUUUUGUUUUCCCUCAACUACCUCCCAAACCAUUGAAUAUAUUUUUUGCUGUCUGCAUCUCUUUGAGUAGUAUUACUGCCUGCAUACUUAUCUACUGGUAUCGACAAGGAGACUUAGAACCGAAAUUUAGAAAUCUAAUUUACUAUAUCAUAUUUUCUAUCAUCAUGUUAUGUAUAUGUGCGAACCUGUACUUCCAUGAUGUGGGAAGGUGAGGCUGCCAAGGAGAAAUACUUACCAAGACUCUUCAAAACUAUACAUUAGGACAGUGAAUAAAUGUUGGAUAUAUGCUGAAGAAUCUUCUACAGAAGUCUGAUACAUGAUUUUCAUGUUAAUUGUAAAUUUAAAUUCCCUCUUGAAAGGGAGACAUAUCAUAGAUCUCAUUGCUUUUUCUUUAAGGAGCUGAUGUUGCACUUAAAACAUUCCAAAACUUAGAAGUUCAUACAGCACAAGUACUUUUCACUUUGAAAUUAUUAUUAUUUUUUACAAUUGCAUGGCAAACGCUCAAAAUCUUGCAUUUUAAGACAAAUAUUCUUUUAUUUCUGUUAAACUGAAUAUACAAUUAUUGUUCCCUAGGCAACCAACUUUUGCUUAUAACUACAAUUUCACGUUAACAAAACACAGACAGUGAAAAGACAACUUUGAUUGUGAAGAUCUAAUUACAAUAAUAAAUAAAAUAAUUUAUACAA